AUGCUCCUCGUGGGCCUCGCGGUUGCGGACAAUCAGGAUCGCAAGCGGGACGGCACGGGCAACCAGGACCGCGACAGGAAGCGCGACGGCUCGUGCGCCAAAUCCGGCACGUGCAGCGGCAACAAGAACGGCGGCAAUCCCGGUGGUCGCGGCGGCAAUGGCGCUGGGAGGAAUUCGGGGAAGAAAGGAACGGGGACUUGCAAUAAGAGCGGCACUGCGAGUUGCGACGGCAGCGGGCGGAAGAGCGCGGGUCUAGCCGCGGAGUUCCCGGAGGUGAUGUGUGGCCAGUUGGGCGGAGUGACGCUGCUGGCCAUCCCCGAUGCGCCCAUGGGGCAGCUGCCUCCUCCAGUGCGAGGGGACGCGCUGAUGCUCCGGGAGCAGCUCAUGCUGCACGUCGUCAAGGGCGCCCGCCCCUACUACCGCAUGCAGGCGCGCGGCAAGAACUACAAGUUCGCCUGUGCUGCGGGGGCAGGCUCAGGCCGGCUGGUGAAGGCGAGUCAGGGCGACGCCCCCCUGGUGCUGCGAGUGGGCAGGGGGGGUGAUGAGGGAUUGGCGUUUGAGGAAGCCAGGAUGGGUGCAGUAGAGUUUGCAUUGCAUGUGUCUAGCAGGUCAUUGUUUCCGUCCUGGUCCUAUCCCGUUGCGCUCGUCGCAGGCAAACGCGAUUCUGCGGCGGCGGACCCCGCGGCAUGGGCGCAGCUGCAGCAGCUCCCGCCGUCCGAACGCCUGCACACGGCGGUGCUCCCCAAAAGCGGAAGCUUGCAGGGCGCGGGCGCACCGACCGACGGCGGAAAGAAGGGGGCGGUGGCGCCAGAGCUGGCGCAAGUGGACCUGCGCGCGCUGAGCCACGCGCAGCGGGAGCGGCUGGUGGAGCGCGCGCUGGAGACGCUGGAUCAGGACAACGAGGCGUUCCUCACGAAGCUUAAAGCCCGCCUCGACCGCGUGGGGCUGAGCGUGCCGUCGGCGGAGGUGCGCUUCGAGGACGUGAACGUCGAGGCGGGCGUGUACGUCGGCACGCGCGCGCUGCCCACGCUCCUCAACUUCACGCGCAACUCGAUCGCCGCCGCGCUGCACCUACUAGGCGUGGAGCUGGAUGCGCGCCGCCCGUAUCCGAUUCUGCACGGCUGCUCGGGCGUGCUGCGGCCGGGCCGCAUGACGCUGCUGCUGGGGCCGCCAGGUUCCGGCAAGUCAACGCUCUUGCAGACGCUCGCGGGCUGUCCGGAUAAGUCGCUCAAGGUAUCGGGCAGCGUGACCUAUAACGGGCAUGCUCUUAACGAGUUCGUACCAGAGCGCACAGCAGUGUACGUGCCGCAGAACGACGAGCACAUCGGCGAGAUGACCGUCCGGGAGACUCUUGACUUCUCCGCGCGCCUGCAGGGCCCGGGGCUCCGGAAAGACCUGGUGGCGGAGCUGGAGAGGCGAGAGGCGGAGCAGGGCAUCGUGCCGGACCCCACCAUGGACGCCAUCAUGAAGGCGAUGGCACUGGAGGGCAAUCCCACCAAUGUCAUCACGGAUUAUGUGCUCCAGAUCCUAGGUCUAGACGUCUGUGCCGACACAGUGGUAGGCAACAACAUGCUACGAGGCAUCUCAGGCGGGCAGAGGAAGCGCGUCACCACAGGGGUAUCCCUCGUGGGCGGGCAGCAGGUGCUGCUGAUGGAUGAGAUCAGCACGGGCCUAGACUCCUCCACCACGUUCCUCAUCACGCGCUGCCUGCGCCACCUCACGCACCUGCACUCCGCCACCACGCUCGUCGCCCUCCUGCAGCCCGCCCCCGAGACCUACCACCUCUUUGACGACGUGCUGUUGCUCUCAGAAGGCCACGUGGUGUUCCACGGGCCCAGGGAGGACGUGCUGCCAUUCUUCUCCCGCCUGGGGUUUGAGUGUCCGGAGAGGAAGGGCGAAGCGGAUUUCCUGCAGGAGGUGACGUCGAUGAAGGACCAGGGGCAGUACUGGAGGGCGGGAGCAGCCGGUGUAGAUGGGAAGAGUCAGCCGUACCACUACGUGCCAGCGCAGGCGUUUGAAGCGGCGUUCAAAGAGACGCAGAUUGGCAAGGCCACUGCUGCCCACCUCUCGGUGCCCUACCCCAAGGAGAAGAGCCCUCCCGGCGCACUGGUGCACAAGCGCCACGCCCUGCCCACCUCCGACAUGUUCCGCGCCGUCUUCGCACGCGAGUAUCUCCUCAUGCAGCGCAACUCCAUCCUCUACGCAGCGCAGACCAUCCAGAUCAUCCUCGUGGCCCUCGUCACCAUGACCGUCUUCUUCCGCACCACGCUCACCGUCUCCCUGCAAGACGCCAACUACUACCUGGGAGCUACAUUCUUCGGAGUGGUCAUGAUGCUCUUUAAUGGCUUCACAGAGCUCCCGCUGGUGAACUUCCGCCUGCCGGUGUUCUACCGGCAGAGGGACGCGUUUCUGUACCCUGCGUGGGCGUGGGCCGUGCCCCUAGAGCUGCUCUCCAUGCCCUUCUCUGCGUGGGCCUCCAUCAUCUGGACCGCCUUCACGUAUUAUGGCAUCGGCUUUGCUCCGGAACCAGGCAGGUUCUUCAUGCAGAUGUUUCUAUUCUUCCUCAUCCAUCAGGUCUCCAUAUCGCUCUUCCGCCUCAUAGGAGCGCUGGGCCGCAACAUGGUCGUAUCCGCCACCUUUGGCUCAUUCGCUGAUAUCCUCCUCGUCCUCAUGGGCGGUUUCGUCAUCGCUAAAGCUGACAUCAGCAACGUGUGGAUCUGGGCGUAUUGGAUCUCGCCUCUCAUGUACGCGCAGAACGCCCUCGCUGUCAACGAGUUCCUCUCGCCCCGCUGGAACGUCUCAGCAGGCCCGCUAUUCCCCCCCUCAGCCACCAUGGGGCAGGUGUUUCUGGAGAGCCGGUCGAUGCCCACGGACGGGAAGUGGGUGGGCAUUGGCGUGGCAGCACUCAUCGGCUACAUCCUGCUCUUCAACCUCCUCACCGUCGUCGCCCUCGCCUACCUCGAUC